AUGAAGGUUACUGAUAAGGUAUCAAGCGUUGGCCGAGGAGACUACCAGUUCAACAAACUUCCCCAAAAUAACAAAAUAAUAGCUGAAUACGUCUGAAUCGGUGGCAGAGGCCUAGACAUCCGUUCUAAAAGCCGCACCCUUGAUAUCCCAAAGAUAAAAUCUCUUUCUGAUAUCCCAGAAUGAAACUAUGAUGGCUCUUCUACAUUUCAAGCCAGUGGUCAUGAUAGUGAAAUUCUUCUCAAGCCUCGAGUUUUUUACCCAGACCCCUUCAGACUCGGAAAUAAUAUUUUAGUCCUCUGCGACACUUGGAAACCAGAUGGAACUCCUACAAACACCAAUUUUCGCUCUGAGUGCUUAAAAGUUAUGAAUAAAGCAGCCCAUGAAGAGCCUUGGUUUGGGUUUGAACAAGAAUAUGUACUCUAUCGUAAUGAUACUUACCCACAUAGACCUUUAGGCUUCCCAGAAGGGGGCUACCCAGCUCCUCAAGGGCCUUAUUAUUGUAGUGUUGGAGGUGGCUGUGCAUUUGGAAGACAGAUUAUGGAGGCUCAUUAUAGAUGCUGCUUAUAUACAGGGAUUUCAAUUUCUGGGACUAAUAGCGAAGUUUUUCCUGGACAAUGGGAAUUCCAGAUAGGGCCUGUUACUGGAAUUCACCUUGGCGACCAAGUGUGGAUGGCUCGAUACCUCUUAUUAAGAGUUGCUGAACAUUAUGGAACUUCUGUUAAUUGGGAAUGCAAGCCUGUUAUUGGGGAAUGGAAUGGGUCUGGCUGCCAUGCGAAUUUUUCUACAAACUCAACUAGACGUGAAGGAGGGAUACAGACUAUUUAUAAUUAUAUUGAGAAAUUGAGAGAAAAACAUAUGUACUGUAUAGAUGGUUAUGGGAAAGAUAAUGCAAAAAGAUUGUCAGGGACAUGCGAGACAUCAAAUAUUAAUACUUUUAGCUUUGGAGUCGCAGACCGUGGGGCAUCAAUAAGGAUACCAAGAGUUACGGCAAAUGAUGGAAAAGGCUACUUUGAAGAUAGAAGACCCGCCUCAAACUCAGAUCCAUAUGUAGUUUCUGCUUUAUUAACUGAUGUAACAGUUCUUGAUGGAAAUAGUACUGAAGAGCUUCAUGAUAGGUAUGUCUCAUUUUUAACAUCAAUACGUCCUAUAAUCAUUUAA